AUGACUGGUCUUGUUCAGAACCGUGCCUCUCUCAUUCUGCAGGAAUAUAGGAUUUCAAGCUUUGAGCAGAGGCUGAUGAACGAAAUAGAAUUUCGCCUUGAACGUACGCCGGUGGAUGAAUCAGAUGAUGAAAUCCAACAUGAAGAAAUCCCUACAGGCAAAUACAUAGCACCGAUCUUUGAUAAGAGACUCAAGCAUUUUCGGGUAACGGAAGGAUCUCCUAUUACAUUCACUUGCAAAAUAGUUGGAAUACCUGUUCCCAAGGUAUACUGGUUCAAGGAUGGCAAGCAGAUUUCAAAGAAAAAUACUCAUUUCAAAAUGAGCAGAGAAGAGGAUGGAACAUGUUCUUUACAUAUUGAAGCUUCUACUAAUGAUGAUGAUGGCAACUAUACAAUUAUGGCUGCAAACCCACAAGGGAGAAUCAGUUGUUCAGGCCACCUGAUGGUUCAGAGUAUCCCUGUUCGGGGCCGAGUAUCAACAAUUCAGCCUCACAGAACACGACCCCGGGCACCUGAAGGAGACAAAGAGGCAGUUCAAGAACGCUUUUUCAGGCCAUACUUUCUACAGGCUCCAGGUGACAUGGUAGCACAUGAAGGGCGACUUUGUAGGUUGGAUUGUAAGGUGAGUGGGUUACCAACUCCAGACCUGACGUGGCUUCUGAAUGGCAAACCUGUGCUACCAGAUGGCACCCACAAGAUGCUGGUCAGAGAGAAUGGAGUUCACUCUCUGCUUAUUGAUCCUCUCUCACAAAACGAUGCUGGAACUUAUACUUGCCUUGCCACUAAUAAAACAGGACAAAAUUCAUUUAGUUUGGAGCUCACUGUUGUAGCAAAGGAAGUAAAAAAAGCUCCCAUGUUUUUGGAGAAGCUUCAGAACUGUGGUGUUCCUGAAGGGUACCCCGUCAGAUUAGAGUGCAGAGUUGUGGGAAUGCCACCCCCCAUAUUUUACUGGAAGAAGGAUAAUGAGACCAUCCCAUCAAACAGAGAGAGGAUGAGCAUGCAUCAAGAUACAACAGGGUACGUCUGCCUCCUCAUUCAACCUGCCAAGAAAGCAGAUGCUGGCUGGUACACCUUGUCUGCAAAAAAUGAAGCCGGUAUUGUCUCUUGUACUGCUAGACUUGACAUAUAUGCUCAGUGGCACCAUCAAAUUCCGCAACCAAUAAAGCUUCGACCUGGUAGCAGCCGGUAUGCAAACCUUACCGGUCAAGGACUUGACAUUUUUUCUGCCUUCCCAACUACUGAAAGCCUGAUGCUGUUUUCAUCCCCAACCCAAAAGGUAGUGGAGAGUGAAGAACUUUGAAAAACAAACAAUUGUUCCAGUUACACCUGCAGAGAUACUAGAACUGUGGAAAAAAAAAAAAAAAAGAAAAAAAAGAGGUACAAGUCAAGAUGCUCAAGGUUUACAAGCAACUUGUUUGUAAUUAAGUAUACUGCUGCUGCAAAUGUUGCAAGUAACAUAUCGUACAAGACUUUUGCAUAUUAUUUUACUGCAGGAUAAUUGUGGUAUGGAGUGUUGUGCAAUAAAUUCAGUACUGUGUAGUUUGCUAAGAAUUACAUAGUAAACAUAGUUUUCAGCACUUAAAAGCCAAUACCACUAUUACUGCUUGAAUUAAAGCUACUGUACUGUAGCAAGCCAUGUUAAGGAUUGAUGAUGUUUAGCUGGAAUACUGCCAGUGAAAACAUUGACAUUACAAUAACAAUAAUCCUGAAUGAGAGUAAACAACAUGACUUUGAAUGUAAUU